AUGGUCUACUACUUUAAAGCAAAAGUAUCGAAAGAUAAAGAUGAGCUUUCUGACUUUUCCUUCUCUCCAAGUGAACCUACGACUGCUAUAAUUUAUAUGGGUAAAGAUAAAUUUGAGAAUGAUCCUCUUAUUAAAAAUUCACAUCCUAAAAACAUUUGGUUUCAUGUUGAUAAUUAUUCAUCAGCACAUCUUUAUCUUCAAUUAACCAAAGAACAAAUCAAGUCAUUCAAAUCAUUUGACAAAUUUGUUAUUGAAGAAGAUUUAUUAAUUCAAAUAGCUCAACUCACAAAGGCAAAUUCAAUAAAAGCAAAUAAAUUAAAUAAUAUUACCAUAAUUUAUACUCCAGUAGAGAAUUUACAUACUGAUGGUUCAAUGGAUGUUGGAACUGUAACGUUCAAAAACCCAAAGUUGGUCAAACGUAUCCAUGUAGUAAAGAAAGAAAAUUCUAUAAUCAAUACUUUGAAUAAAACCAAAACUGAGGAAUCAACAGAGGAUUUCAUAAAGAAACAAGAUUCAUUAAUUAGAGAGAUUGCAAAUGAAAGAAAACUUGAAGAAAGAGAAGCUAAGGAGUUAAAUAAAGUAUAUGAAGCUCAAAAGAAAUCUAAAGAUGAUCCAUAUGGUGAUUUGUUUGGACAAGAUAAUAUGCAAAGCUCAAAUGAAUUCAGAAAUGAUAAUUGGGUAGAAGAAGACUUCUGGUAA